CGAAAUCAAAACAAUGCCCGUCGACUGCCAGAAACCACGCGUUCCUCAGAAUUUCCUUGUUUUAUCGUAAGUUUUCGACAUUUUUCUGUAGUGUUCAAUAAAUAGAAAAGUGAAAAGAGCAAUAGAAACACCGUUCCGGUGCCAACGGACAUGGAUUUUGCCAAAAACAUACUGCACAAGUAUGGUUGGAGAGAAGGCGACGGUUUGGGCAAAAAUUCGGACGGCAUUGUAAAACCCAUCAAGGCCAGCUUAAAGUUCAACAGCUCCGGACUCGGAUCGGACCAGGCGAAGGAUCUGACCAAUAACUGGUGGGACCGGGUUUUCAACGAGGCGACCAACAACCUGGAAGUGGGACCAUCGGGAAAAAUCACCCAGAAGGACAAGGAUGGGGUCGAGAUUUCCGACAAGAGCUAUUCGGUUAGAAAGCUGAAACAGCAGACUGCCGAUGGGAAGGCCAACUACGGAGGAUUUCUCAAGGCUUCGAAACUGCUGACCAACGUCGGUCGUGAGGAGGACAUCGCAGGACACGUCAAGACGGAGGACAUAGAAUUCAAGGCGCCCAAGAUGCUGACGGAUGAGGAACUGUUUGCGGCUUGCGGAGGUCGAACGGCCCACAAGGGAGCUCGCCAUGGACUGAACCUGACCGGAAAACUAGCCCGCAUCGAAGCGCAGAACAGCAAGCUGCUGCAGGAGCUGGAAUCCAAAUCGUUCGAGACGGUCAUCAAAAGCAACGAAUGGCAGCAGGUGCAGAAGCGAAAGAAAUCCAAAAAGAAAAAGCGAAACAAGGAACUUUGGAACGCGAAACACCAGGAGGAGGAAGAGGAUGAGCUGAAAGAUAUGAUUCACCAUGCCAACUACGUUGUGAAGAAGAACAAGAAGCAGGCGAAAGCGGAACAGCGCAUGGUGGAUGACCUGGUGGACGAAUCGAUGGGAUUGUUUACUACACUGCCGGAGGAGGACGGCCACGAACCGGAGCCGGGUCCAAGCAUCGAGGACGAACUGGAUGUGCUGAGCGAGAAGAUUCGCAAGCUGGACCACAAUUCGGUUACCAUCAAAAAGAAAGACAAGAAAAAGAAGAAGAAAAAGCAGAGAGCGGCCGCUCAGGAAGACGAGGAGGAGGAAGAGGAAGAGGACCAUUCGAUGGAUCCGACGGCAAAGUAUAAGAAGAAAUACAAAAAGCAACAGAAGGUGAACAAUGAACUGCUGCGACAAGCGGUGAGCCAAGAAGUGGAACCGGAAAAGCCCAAGAAACCGAAGAAACUGCUCAAAUCCGACAGCGAGGCGUCAGAUAGCGAAGGCGACGAGCACAAGGACGUCGUCGAGCGGAUCAAUGAGGACCGGGAGAAGAUGCAGUCGAAGAUUCCGAAGAUCAAGGUUAGUGAGCUGACGGAGGAGGACCAGCAGACGGCGGCCGAGAAGUUCAAGGACCGCCAUAAGAACGGAGUCAAACGAGUGGGGCGCCACAAGACCAAGAGAAAGAAGACCAAGAAGAGGCACCGGCAGUUGGCGCAGCUGGCCGAUGAUUUGGAGAAGAAUUUGUAGGAGGUGGGUCUUCCAGGAAGAAGCGUGAAGCAAAUACGCAAAGCAAUUGUAAAGGAGCCUUUUUGUCUGCCGAAAAGGUCUCAAGAUCUUUGUUUAUGGAUUUUUAUUCG